AUGUCCACAGUCAUACGGGUUGAAGUUAUUGGACGUGACAAUGUGAAUUUGACCAAUCCACUUAUAAUACAUUUUCCAGUGAAUAACUACACAAACCACUCAACCAAAAGCUACAUAUAUUCCUGUCAAUACUAUGAUGAACAAGGCAGUAACACCUGGAAGCCGGAUGGCUGUAACACCACUCAGAUCAGUGAUGAUGUUGUGGAGUGCUCCUGUGACCAUAUGACCCCUUUUGCUGUGCUUCUAGUUGAGGUGAUAAACAUUGAUGGACAGCAUUGGGAAAUCUUGUCGUACAUCAGCUAUGUAGGCUGCGGUCUGUCUGCGGUCUUUUCUGCUUCCUCUGUCUUGUUGUUUAUUUUCAACAGGAACGCAAAGGCAGAAGUGUCCAACAGCAUCCACGUGUCUCUGAGCGGUGCUCUGUUUCUCCUCAACCUGAGCUUCAUGUUCAGCGAGUGGGCUGCCACAAUGACAGUGAAAGAAGUGUGUGUUUUUAUUGCUGUGACUAUACACUACAGUCUGCUGUGUUCUUUAACCUGGAUGGCUAUUGAAGCCUUGCACCUCUACCUUCUUUUGGCCAGAGUGUUCAACAUAUACAUCAAAUACUACGUGGUCAAGUUGUCCCUGAUCGGAUGGGGAGUCCCUGCUGUUCUUGUUGGAAGUUUGCUGUCAGUUCAGCAACUCACCGAUCCAUUCUAUGGUGCCAUAAAUGUGACCAUAUCAAAUUCGAAUGCAACAAAUCCAGUAUGCUGGAUCACAGAGCCUCUCAUCCUGUAUAGUGUGAACUUUUCCUACUUCACCAUCGUAUUCCUGUUUAACACAAUAGUUCUAUUCAUAGUGUCCAGACAGAUCUUUAAGCUAAAGAAAUUGGACAACAAGCAUAAGAAAAUACCGGUGAAGGAUGCCAGCACAGUGCUGGGCCUCAUGUGUCUGCUGGGUACAUCAUGGGGUUUGGUUUUUCUUGGCUCUGGAUAUACCAGCUACCCAAUACUCUACGUAUUCUGCAUUUCAAAUACAAUGCAAGGGUUUUCUAUCUUUCUGUGGAUGUGUCGGAAAGCAAGGCCAGACAAACAGAAAGAAGCUCAUUCCAAGUCUUUAUCCACUGUGGAUACCUUUAUCAUUGAAAAACAAAAGGAAUAG